AUGGCAAAUCCUACUGACCAAGUAUCGAAGCAAGAUUUUGAGGCACUCAAAGUUGUUCUGAUGCACUUGGACAGGAAGCUCAUCACACUCAAUUCCAUCAACAAGUCGAUUGAAGCUAUCACUCCAGAUUCUUCACUAGUAAAUGAAAUAGAAGAAACUGAAAAGAAAACAGCAAACUGGCAAACAGCAAUCUAUCAAAUAUCAAGUUUCAUUGGUGAAGUCGAAAGGCAUAUAGCACCAGCUCCACUUUCGCAACCUCAGCCAUCGCAGAGCGUUCAAUCUAAGCAGGUACAACUACCUAAACUCGAAUUGCCUACAUUUUCUGGUAAAUAUGUGGAAUGGUCUUCGUUCUACGAUCUCUUCACAGCGUCUCUUGACAAGAAUAAUUGUCUCAGUGAUGCGCAGAAACUAAACUACCUCAAAGCAGCCCUCAAAGAUGAACCUGCCAGAAUCAUAGCUUCUUUGUCAAUCACCGACGCAAACUACGCCAUUGCUAAACAACAGCUCAUAAAACGAUACGACAACAGACGCUCAGUAACCAAUGCUCAUAUUCAGGAGUUUCUUGCAUUUUCGGCAUUGAAAAGCGAAAAUGUCAGUGCCCUGAGGAAACUACAGUCGAAGACUGUGGAGCACCUGUCAGCCCUUCAAUCUCAUAAAGUGGAUACUAGUGCGUACAUCUACGUAUAUCUCAUUCUAGAGAAAUUGGACCCGGAAACAAGAAGACAAUGGGAGCUUCAGAAUCCUGGUCCACAACUACAUGAUUUGGAUGAUGUACUCCAGUUCAUUGAUCAACGAGCACGAUCCUUAGAAGCUUCACCUCAUGCUUCUAUACAGCCUAGCAGCCAAGCAAAGCAAUUACAGUCCAAUCAGAACAAAAACAACCAUUCCAAUGUCUACCACUCAACUACAGACAACUGUCUUUGCUGUAAAUCCAAGAAUCAUAAACUAUUCUCCUGUAAUUCAUUCCGAGAAAAGACGAUAGAUGAGCGUUUUCAAGUUGUCAAGAAGAACAAACUAUGUGGUAACUGUCUACGUUCUGGUCAUUUUGCGAAUCAAUGCAACUCAACAAGCACAUGCAAGACAUGUCAAGGCAAGCACAACACGCUGCUACACAGGUCCGCCCAAGCGAUCAAUCAUAUUGGCAUCAGGAGACCCGAGGAGACGGAUACCACCCUACCCACUGCGCAGGUUGCAUUCAAGGAUCGUCAUGGUAAUGUACAAUAUUUUCGCGCAUUACUAGAUCAAGGUUCAACUGCUUCGGUCAUGACACGCCAUUGUGCCCAUCAACUAGGAUUGCGUUGUCAGAAAGUAACUACUAAUCUUCAAUCCGAGGGAGAGACAGUCUCCGCACAAUCAAAUUCAGUUGUUACUGCUGAAAUGCUUCCCAGAUUCUCCAAAUCUUUGACAGGAGUAUUCAUUGUCCUGCCUCGUGUGACCUGCAACCUCCCACUGGCUAACGUGAACAUCGGCGGGUGGAAGCAUAUCAACAAUCUUGAUAUGGCUGACAGCAGUUUUCACAAGCCUGGCAGAAUUGAUGUUCUUCUUGGAGUGGACGUUUACUCAGCACUUCUCAAACCUGGAUUGAUCAAGUUGAGCGAUAGAAUUUGUCUUCAAGAAACAGACUUGGGCUGGAUUGUAUCUGGUGCAACCUCUUCAAAUUCAUUGCAAUCGAAGCAUGUCUCUAUGACGACCCACAAUACGGAAGAAAUCGUGAAUCACUUACUUAUGCAAGAAGAUACGGAUCAAAUUCUCAAGAAGUUUUGGGAAUUGGAAGAAGUCCCUAAGAGUUCUCGUCUAACUCAAGAAGAAAGGGAAUGUGAAGAUCACUUCACUAAAACAACAAUGCGGGAUGAUGAAGGGAUGUACGUUGUCAAACUUCCAGUAAAGGACGGCGCCCCUUCUCUCGCUGAGAGCUACCAACAAGCUGAACGACGCUUUUUUUUACUUGAACAACGUCUCUUAAAGGACAAGCAACUGAAGGAUAAGUUCGAAGCAUUUGUAAACGAAUUCAUUGAUCUAGGACAUCUAGAACUCGUUCCCGCAGCAGAAAUCAAUAAACAUUGCGCAGACGUGUUUUACCUUCCGCAUCACUCUGUGACUAAGGACUCUAGUACGACAAGUAAGCUUCGUGUUGUCUUUGAUGCUUCAGCCAAAACGAGUGGUGGAGGCCCAUCUCUUAAUGACACACUCAUGACUGGUCCCGUGAUCCAAGAUAGUUUGUUCAAUAUACUCAGUCGCUUCCGAGUUCAUCAAAUUGCCUUAUCUGCUGAUGUGGCCAAAAUGUAUAGACAAAUCUGUUUAGCACGACCAGACAAGGACUUUCAUCGAAUGCUCUGGCGAAACGAUCCAAAGAAACCCAUUAAGACCUACAGGAUGACUCGCGUGACCUAUGGGAUACGUUCAUCUGCAUACCAUUCAACUAGAUCCCUCACGGAAACAGCUUUAGAUGUUGACGACGAAAUCACCGCUCAAGUCAUAAGAAACGAUUUUUAUGUCGACGAUGCUCUUACAGGUGCAGACACUGUGGAAGAAGCAGUCGUAUUACAAAAUAAUCUUAUAUCAACACUCAAGAAAGGUGGUUUCGAUCUUCGAAAGUGGUCAAGCAAAUGGUCUCAAUCACAAGAUUACCGACUUCAUUGCAAGAGGCACCCGAAGCCUACACAUUCUGUGACAAACAGUACUCAAUCAAGACCCUUGGUGUGA